UUCAGCUUUGCAUGGUGCAACAUGUGUUGGAUAAUUCCAGAAGAAGCUCCCUAGCUUUUUAAGUCUAAAGACGAGCGGCGUGUUCCGGACCUGAGCGCUGUGUCUCUCCCCCUGGACGUCUGAAGACACACCGACAUUUUGACUUCUUCUCGCUGCCCUUCUCCUCCUCUCCUCGGCAGUUUGUGGACUCUGCUUAGACGUAAAACGCUGCGGACGUUUUAUUAAAAUAUUGUUAGCCUGUUACCCGAGUUGUCAAAAUGUUGAGUGUCGCUAGCAGCGUUUCAAGGACUCUCCCGACAAGGAGCUGUACAAGAAACGUGUCAUCUUUAAUCAAGAAGGCCUGCUGGAGCGGCUUCCAACCAAACGCCCUCCGAGCCCUGUCCAGGAGAGACUAUGCGUCAGAAGCCAUCAAAGGUUCAGUCAUCGGCAUUGACUUGGGAACAACCAACUCCUGUGUUGCUGUUAUGGACGGGAAACAGGCGAAGGUGUUGGAGAAUGCAGAGGGAGCCAGGACGACUCCAUCAGUCAUUGCCUUCGCUGCGGAUGGCGAGCGUCUAGUGGGCAUGCCUGCUAAACGCCAGUCUGUCACCAACCCUGAGAACACUCUGUACGCCACCAAGAGACUAAUUGGCCGUCGCUUUGACGAUGCAGAGGUCCAGAAAGAUCUGAAGAACGUACCCUACAAGAUAGUACGUGCAUCUAAUGGUGAUGCUUGGGUCGAGGCUCAUGGGAAAAUGUAUUCCCCCAGCCAGGCUGGAGCUUUUGUUCUCAUGAAAAUGAAGGAGACUGCAGAGAACUACCUGGGAACCAAAGUAAAGAACGCCGUCGUGACUGUACCAGCCUACUUCAAUGAUUCUCAGAGACAGGCCACCAAAGAUGCCGGUCAGAUCUCAGGUCUGAACGUCCUGCGUGUCAUCAACGAGCCAACAGCUGCUGCUCUGGCCUACGGACUGGAAAAAACCCAGGACAAGAUUAUUGCAGUGUAUGAUCUUGGUGGAGGUACGUUUGAUAUUUCUGUCCUGGAGAUCCAGAAGGGAGUAUUUGAGGUGAAGUCUACAAACGGUGACACUUUCCUGGGAGGAGAGGACUUUGACCAACACCUCCUCACACACAUCGUCAAGGAGUUCAAGAGAGAGUCUGGUGUGGAUCUGAUGAAAGACAACAUGGCUCUUCAGAGAGUUAGAGAGGCUGCAGAGAAGGCCAAGUGUGAGCUGUCGUCUUCACUGCAGACGGAUAUCAACCUUCCUUACCUGACCAUGGAUGCCUCUGGUCCCAAACAUCUCAACAUCAAGCUGACGCGUUCACAAUUUGAGGGCAUCGUGGCCGACUUGAUCCGCCGCACCGUGGCUCCCUGUCAGAAGGCCAUGCAGGAUGCAGAGGUUUCAAAGGGGGACAUUGGAGAGGUGCUGCUGGUUGGAGGCAUGAGCCGCAUGCCCAAGGUUCAGCAGACAGUUCAGGACCUGUUUGGCCGCGCUCCCAGCAAGUCUGUCAACCCAGAUGAAGCUGUUGCCAUAGGAGCAGCCAUCCAGGGAGGCGUAUUGGCCGGUGAUGUCACUGACGUGCUCCUGUUGGAUGUGACACCGUUGUCACUGGGUAUUGAGACUCUUGGCGGAGUCUUCACCAAACUUAUCAACAGGAACACUACAAUUCCUACCAAGAAAAGCCAGGUGUUCUCCACGGCAGCUGACGGACAGACACAGGUGGAGAUCAAGGUAUGUCAGGGCGAGAGAGAGAUGGCGGCAGACAACAAGGUGCUGGGUCAGUUCACUCUGGUGGGUAUCCCCCCAGCCCCCCGCGGAGUUCCCCAGGUUGAGGUCACCUUCGACAUUGAUGCCAACGGUAUCGUCCACGUUUCCGCCAAGGACAAGGGCACCGGCCGCGAGCAGCAGAUUGUCAUCCAGUCAUCAGGAGGUCUCAGUAAAGAUGAUAUUGAGAACAUGGUCAGGAAUGCGGAGAAGUACGCAGAGGAGGACAGGAGAAGGAAGGAAAGCGUGGAGGCCGUCAACAUGGCUGAGGGAAUUGUUCACGACACAGAAUCCAAGAUGGAGGAGUUCAAAGACCAGCUUCCUGCUGAUGAGUGCACCAAGCUGAAAGAGGAGAUCUCUAAAGUCAGAAAUCUUCUGGCCAACAAGGACUCAGAAACAGGAGAAAACAUCAAACAGGCAGCCACCAACCUGCAGCAGGCAUCGCUGAAACUCUUUGAAAUGGCCUACAAGAAAAUGGCAGCAGAGCGGGAAGGCAGCGGCGGCGGCAGCAGCAGCUCGGGCUCAUCGGAGGGAGACAAGAAAGAAGGGCAGCAGUAAAUCGUAGCACUUGGUUGUCACAUGGUUUCCAUGACAACAGAGGACUGUUGGGUAAAGGGGUGGGGCGGGGGGGACGUCGGCAGUCCAGAGCAUCAAGCUGAAUCUACUUCAUUCUCACCAUAAUAUAUUCUGCUGUGUUUCUGGCUGUAAAAUACUCUAUAGUCAGUGAACGCUCCUCCAGGUCCUGUCUGUAAUUUAAUUGUUUCAAAACAUGUCUUGUAUGUUUUCUUUUUUUUUUUAAGCUGUUAAUUGACAUUCUGAGCUAGUAAAAGUUGUACUUUUUUGUCUAAGAUGUCAUAGCUUUCAUCUUUUGUUUUGUUGUGUUUGUGCACGUUCAGUUAGAUGAAAGCUUGGUGCAGAGGACAACCCUGCUUCACCACGUCUACUUCAUAAUCUUGUACAGUGCUCGACGACAGGCAUAGCUUCUCUUGUUUUAAUAGUGCACUUAUGUCAACUCUGAGGUGGGAAGCUCCUGCACUAAAUUAUUUAAGUACAUUAUAUUUUUGUCAGAAACUUGCCACCUCUCACGGGUCCUGAAUGCACUCUAUACCUGCAGAACUGUGGUCAUAAGGUGGUUUUCAUUUCAUCACUUUUAUUCUUGAAAUUGAGAACUGCAUCAACACCACUCGGCAGACAUUUGGUCCUUUUUGAUCCGUCUCCUCUGACAGUUAAACAUGCUUGUUUGACCCUGUCUACAGUCAAAUCUCAGACUUAAUAAUCGGAGCACAAUAGUAAUGUACAAGUUAUAUCUGUGUGAAUUGUCUCAUAUUUCCAAAAGAAUAGUAAGACUUGAUCUGGGAGAAAUCCUUAAGUCCUCUGCAUCCUCCCAUUAAACACAGCAU